GUGUCUAUUAUUAAUAUCUGUUUGUUAUGAUGAGUUAUCGUUCGUGGAUGAAGAUGUCGCUAAAAACGGAAGUCAUAAGCUAGAAGAAGAAAAUAAUUACGUUUGACUUUCAUUCUUUCUUUCAGGAAGAUGACUGUAUUUAGAAUCCAUCCAUUUGUCUGGCUCUAAAACAGGAAUUCUGGGAGUUGGCCAAGUGUGGUCAGAUUGGCUAGGGCUUUCAUUAUGGCCGACACAAAUGGAAACCCUAAGUCCAAUAUGGCCACUCCUGAGCCACCAAAAAGUGGAAGUGGAGGCCCCAUCAUCAAAGCUUCGCAGGAGCCCGAUGAAUACCAGCAAGCCAUUCAUAUCAUCCUGGUCACUGUGGUCAGUGUGAUUGGAAUUGUGGGUAUUAUUGCACUCAUUCUGCUGCUGUGGCGGUACGUGAGAAAUCGACGAGAAGAACGUCACCGAAGACACCACAGAAGUCCCAGUCUGCAGUCUAUUUCUGUUGAAGUGAGCAACAAACAACUUCCUGUGGUUCUUCUACUGUAUUCCUAUGACUGCCCCAUGCAUGAAAAGGUUGUGCAAGCUCUCGGCGGGUUUCUUAUGGAAGCGUGCAGCUGCAAUGUGACCCUUGACCUGUUUGAGGAGCAGAUCAUACACGACCAGGGACUGGAUGACUGGCUCGUUGAGCGGUUGCAGGAUGCAGAUUUCAUAAUUGUCGUGUGUUCAGUGGGAGCCAGACUGAGAUGCUCAAAGAAACGAAUCAAAUUCAAAGUCGACGCUCUCAGGACGUUGCCCGAUUAUUUUGCUGUCGCCGUCGACUAUGUCGCAGAGAAAAUGCGCGCCGAGCGGACGAAAGGUUUAUCAAUGUCCAAGUUCGUGACUCUUUAUAUGGAUUAUUCAACAGCUAGUGACAUUCCUCCCCAGCUAGAAACAGGAACCAAGUUCUGUCUGAUGAAAGACAUCGGUAAACUUUACAGUCAUCUGCACUGCCCUGAAUCAGAGGACCGAAAAGCCACAUUCCCGUUGAUGACAGAGAGUACGUAUCAGGACACGGAGAUUGGUGCCGAGUUGUAUGUCGCCAUCGAGCAGGCGAAGGACUAUUUUUCACGACACCCAAAUUGGGUGGAAGACAGACUGGAGCCAGUGUCGGCAGCUGCCAGUGGCAAGAACAAGAAGCGCCACAAGCGAAAGACCUCCCUGGAGCAGCCCCUCCUGCCCAGCAGCUGUGGAGAAGAUAAGAUAAAGAUGCUCACCAAUUGUCUCGACACUACGGUCGAAGUUCACACACUUCCACGAGUGAUCAACAUGGACGAGACGCCCAUGAAUUCGUUCCUGUACAGUCGACAGAACUCUCUCCCUUCCUCGCUCAGCAGUCACGUGACCCCGCACGUCUCCACCAACCACAUUAGCAUCUCCAAAAGCUUUGACAGUUUUUACCAUAACGGUCGCAGCGGUGGCGGUGAUUGCGACGAGCUGCCUCCGUGUAUCGUGUGCGGGAAAUACGUGCACACUGACGGGAAGGUGUCGUGCCGGAAACAGACCGAACCUCCAGAGAUCGAGGUCGACAGUAUCGAGUACAUCCCACCGAAGAACAAGAGCAAGUCGAUGCCCGUGGUGUACGGCACCGACUUUACCAGUGGCUCCCCCCACACCGUGCUUCACGCGGAGGUGCACAACGAGUGGGAGAGCGACGGGCGGACCUCGCGGCUGUCCGACUCGCAGGACUCGGUGUCGCUGUCCGGCUCGGACACCCUGGAGCGUGACCUGCGCUCGAUCAAAGUGCUGCCCACAUUCGACCACGUGCAUUACUCGGCGUCGGCAUACAUGCUCAGCGAGCUGUCUCCGCUGAGAAGUCUCUCAUCGUCGGCGAUCGUAUCAUCGCUGUCCGACUACCGGAUCCGAGUGGUCCCGACCCUUGUGCCGGUUAGUCAGCGAGUGAUGAUGGAACCGGAUGGGAACUUCAUGGCUCAAGAGGGGCAGGUGGUUAGUUUGUAAGUCUUUACGUGUGAUGGCUGAUAAACCAAGUGAUGAAUUUUUGUCACCAUCCAAGGGUUGACUAAUAAUUGGAAUGACAAAAAGGUGUUACAAUUUUUUGUAAGAUUGACAGUUUUUUCUGUAAUUUAACGUAUAGAAAAGUGACUCAGUUGAAAAAAUUGCCUCAUUUAAUUUUUUAAAGUCAUAAUUUCUUAUAUUUUCUUUCCUACUUUUUUGAUGUAUAAUAUUUGUAAAAAAAAAAAAAAAAAACUAAACUGAAAAGCAUACACUUAGUACAUGCUUGCAGUAACGCAAAGCCUAGUUUUAUUAGUGGGUUGCACCAAUAACUGGGCUUUGAGUUAUGGCAAACAAACUUCAUUUUUUUUAAAGAUUGACUUGUAUCAAUUAGUUCUGAAAUUAUUCAACAUUUGAACAGAAAAGGAUCCAUUAAAGAUUGCAUAGAGCUGUUUGAAAUCCAAUAUUUAGUGUAUCCCACUAAUGAACUUGUAUUAAUUAUUUACAGGGUACUGUGUGAAUCUUUCUGCUGUCAAGUUGGUAGUCACCAAAAGUACAGUGUUUGACCACAGUUUAAUAAUCACUAGAAUCAAUAUGUUUUAUCGAUUCUGAACCGAAUUAUGAGCUGUACUUACUGACCUUUUAUACGCCAGUCUACGGUGGGUCGUAUUAUGGUAUGGUGUUGUCCGUCAUUCUGUUAACAUUUUCUUGUCCAGAUCAUAUCUUGCAUACAGGACCAUCAAACCUCACAUGUAGGAACAACUUGGGAUGGCGGUGUGCCACUUACUAUUACUAGAUCAUUGUUAUCUACUUUUCAAGGUCUACUGCACAUAACAGUAAAUCCUUGUCUGGAUCAUAUCUUGCAUACAAAUGCAUGCAGUACCAUCAGACCUCACAUGUAGGAACAACUUGGGAUGGUUGUGUGUCACAUACAAUUACUAGAUCACUGUGAUAAAAUAAAUCAAAUAAUUUGUCUAUAUAAUUAUAAAUGUGUCACCAAGAGUACCUAUGAUAAACCAAAUUUCUCUUUCUAAUAAAGAACAAUAACUUCAUUAAUCAGACUGCACCUUAUCCAAUGGAUACAGUAUCAUCAGUAGUUGGUCCAAAACAAACUGUUCAUCCAUCUCAUUGAAAAAUUUUCACAUAAUUAGAAUUGAAUCAUACCCAUUGGUAACAUAUUCAUUAAUAUCUAUGGUUUUUCAUAAAACUCCUGACAGGCGUAUCUUGUACCUCACUGGUACUCUUUUGUUAACUUUUGUUGAUUUAUAGGGCAUUCAGUGUUCUCGCUGCUCCAUUUAAGCGGGGCGCCCCACCCCGCUAUUCCAUUUCCCGCCCUCCUUUCACGUUCCUCGCCCUCCUUUAUUUUUGAACGCCCUCCUUUAUUUUUGAGCGCCCCUCUUAAAUUCCAACACCUAUCUCUGCUAUUUCCAAAUGCACUUUUUUCCACACAAAACGAUCAGUCUGCACACUGGACAUCAAAGGAAACGAGCCGCGUUGUGUACGAAAAAGCAAUUGACGAAACAUUUACGACAGUUACCGUA